UGCGGGGCAAAGUUUUGAAUAUACUUGAAUUGGUGAAUGUGUUGCUUGUUGUCGCGAAACACACACACACUCUGUGUGAAUAUACAAGCAAAAUGUAUAAGAUAGUUAAAUAAAGCAUUCGUUUGUUUUUUUUCAGUGACAUUUUCGUCUUAAAACAUCAUAUCGAUUAACACUGCCACAUUUUCCAUGCUUCAUUUUUCUAGUGAUGAUUACAGCAAACAGUAAUAAGAAAAAAAUAUAUCAUAUGCAUGGAUGAUCAAAAUAAAAUAGUUUGUGUUAUGUGCGUCUUUGAUCCAUAGACUGUUCAAAGCCAUUGUGUGUGUGUGUGUGUGUGUGUGCGUUUUGAGUGACGAAUCUGUCACACACUUAUACAACUUGAUUUGUUUGUCAUCGUUUCUUCACUCACUUGUUCGAUGUUUUUAGAAUUCCAUUUUUCUUUCUAAUUUCGGGCGAAUUCGUAGAGGGUUCUGUGCUACCAUUUUAUACAUUCAAUAUAAAUAUAUAAUUUAAUACUUUGACUUAUUUGUUGUAAUGUUACAAAAGAGCAUUUGUGAAUUUUAAGUGCCAUCUUCGUAUGUGUGUGUACAAUUCGAAGGUCCCGCACCGUGAUUUCGGGAAAAUUGUUGUAACGACAAAAACAACACUCAACACAUCCAAUUAAAUCUAGCUAAAUUUGAUCGAGGUAUUUAGAUACGAAAGUUGCACUAGGUUUUUUCUGCUCGAAAGUUUAUGCAAAAAACAUGAAAAUGGUAUUGUCACAACGACAACGCGAAGAACUAAAUAAAGCGAUAGCUGACUAUUUAAGUGCAAAUAAUUACGUCGAUGCACUGGAGUCGUUUCGUAAAGAGGCUGAUUUGGAUGCUACUGAAUCGGUAGAAAUAAAAUACAGUGGCCUGUUAGAGAAAAAAUGGACAUCUGUAAUUCGCUUGCAAAAGAAAGUAAUGGAGCUCGAGGCAAAAUUGUCUGAGGCUCAAAAGGAAGCAUCUGAAGGUGGUCCGAUUAAGGCGAAGCGUAGCCCUGGCGAAUGGAUACCACGACCGCCGGAAAAAUUUACACUGAAUGGACAUAGAGCUACAAUAACUAGAGUUAUAUUUCAUCCAGUGUUCAGCUUGUUGAUAAGCUCAUCUGAAGAUGCAGUGAUCAAAGUGUGGGAUUUUGAAACCGGUGAAUACGAACGAACCCUCAAAGGUCACACGGACCCUGUAAAUGACAUCGCUUUCGAUGUACAAGGAAAAGUACUAGCCUCUUGCAGUGCAGACAUGUCGAUAAAACUAUGGGAUUUCACGCAAACAUUUGAGUGCUUCAAGACAAUGCUCGGCCAUGAUCACAAUGUUUCAUCCGUUGCAUUCGUACCGGCUGGUGAUUUUGUGCUAUCUGCAUCUCGCGACAAAACGAUUAAAAUGUGGGAAGUUGCUACCGGAUACUGUGUAAAGUCAUAUGUUGGACAUCGUGAAUGGGUUCGGAUGGUUCGAGUUCAUCCAGAUGGAGCAAUAUUCGCAUCUUGUUCGAAUGAUCAUUCAAUUCGUGUAUGGAACAUAAAUACGAAAGAGUGCAAGGUUGAGCUAAGAGACCACGACCAUACUGUUGAAUGCAUUGCUUGGGCAGGUGAAAAUGCCUCACAGGCCAUCAACGAAGCAGCCGGCACUGAUAAUAAAACAGGCUCACAUCAUGGACCAUUCUUGGCAUCUGGUUCACGUGAUAAAAGCAUUAGAGUUUGGGAUAUUAGCAUUGGCGUAUGUCUAUUUGUAUUAAAUGGCCACGACAAUUGGGUAAAAGGAAUCGUCUUUCAUCCUGGCGGAAAAUAUAUAAUAUCAGCUAGCGACGAUCGAACCAUACGCUGCUGGGAUAUACGGAACAAGCGAUGCCUGAAAACAAUCAAUGCUCAUCAACACUUUUGCACAUCUGUUGAUUUUCACCAAAAUCUUCCUUAUGUGAUCUCAGGCAGUGUCGACCUAACUGUAAAAGUGUUUGAAUGCCGCUAAUUUAUAGUUUUCAUUAACAAACUUUUUUUUAAAAAGAAAAUUACGGAAAGAAGAUAUAAAUUAUUCUAUUUUUAAAGUAUAAUUUUAAUUAAAAUUUAUGUAUUUAAUAACUUUAACUGAAAGUCGGAGUAUAGCAGAAUAAUGAUAUGGAAAAAGUGCUCCCUCAAACUACAUUUGAAAUUGAACCAAAAAAAAAAAACAGAUUCGAAUAUGUUUUAAUCAAACUCCUAAAUGACAUUUGAACACCUCAAAUUGAAAUAAAACUAUAAAAUAACAUAGGAAACCAACACAAUUACUGUCAAAGUUAGGCAAUCACUUAUGCUCCAUCUCUGUUGCUCUCCAUUUAUAGUUAAUUUUGUGUUGAUAUAUCUGAUUAUCUGAUAAUAAAAUGAGAGAUUCCACUUAAAAUUAUUAGGUUCAAUUUAAAAACAAAACAAAAAUCUCCUCGACAUUCAUUGAUAAAUCAAUGUGAAUUCCACACCUUCACAUAUAAAAAACAAAUACAAAUUUAAGAUUAUUUGCUGCGCGAUUGUUGUUUCAGCUUUGUUUUUCUUCACAAAAAUCACCAGCCGAUAGUCAAUAAGCAAAAUUAUGCAUUCAAUUUUGUCGCCAAAUCCAAAAACCAAACUAGCUAGUGCAAAGCUUCUAAUCCAAGUUCUGCCGUAUUCGGCAGUUUUUUUUUACGAAACCCGUACUGUGCAUUAUUCAUAUGCAUCAUAUAAUACGUUUGAAGCAAAUAUCUAUGUAAAAAAAGAAAUAAAUUUCCUGAAUAUAAACAUAUUGAGCACUUUUUCUUUUCCAAUUAUUUUGAAUACAGUUUUUUUUACAUUGAACAAACAAUGUUAAACGAUAAUAGAGAUGUAAAAUCUCAAAGCGCAGACCAAUUUAAAACAAUCUACCAUUCAAACGCAACGGUUAGCAUUAGAAGUUUUAGAACUUUUUUGAGAUUUUCGUGGCUUACUAUUUGUAAAUCACUAUGGCAGAAGAAUGAUGAAAAACAGUGACUGUUCAGUCAAAUUAUCGUCAAUGCGAACAAAAUAUAGUAAAAAUUCAAUGCAGAAGUAUUAAGGAAAGGAUGGUUAUUGCUGAUUUAUUAGAUAAGUGAAAAAAAUAUGCUUAGCUUGAAAUAAAAAUAAAUGCCAAAUAAUUUGCAGCCGA